AUGCGGUUCGCCACAGCUCUUUUCGCUGGUACCCUGCUGGCUUCCAAGGUCGCAUCGCAAGAGAUCUGGGACAUUUGGCAAACGACAUGGGACCGCUCGAAGCUCUUCACGUACUUCCAGCCGCCGAACCCGCCGAUCGAGUUUACUUCGCCGGGCACGAUCGGCGCGGCGGAUAUCGUGGUCGACGACACGCAGGUGUACCAGACCAUCUGGGGCUUCGGCGCUUCGCUCACUGACUCCUCCGCGCUCCUGUUGAGCAACCUGAAGACGCAGAACUCGGACAACUACUGGUCGCUCCUGGACUACCUCUUCAACCCGACCGACGGCGCGAACAGCUCCGGCUUCACGUACCUGCGCGUGCCCCUCGGCGCGUCCGAUUUCUCUGCCAACCUGUGGACGUACGACGACACGUCCGGCGACACCUCGCUAACCGAUUUCAACAUCGACAACGAGCCCGACUACGUCUUCCGCACCAUAUACGACAUCCAGUCGGUCAACCCGUACCUGCGCGUGCACGUCGUGCCGUGGUCACCGCCGGCGUGGAUGAAGACGAGCGGGACGAUGGAUGGGGGGGAUUUGAACACGGAUUACAUCAACACUUAUGCGAACUACCUCCUGAAGUGCCUGCAAGGCUUCCAGAUUAAGAACAUCGUGCCCUUCGCCAUCAGCAUCCAGAACGAGCCGGAGAACAGCGACAGCACCUAUCCGAGCUGCUACAUGCCCGUCGCCGUCGAGGCGCAAAUCGGCGUCGCCCUGCGCGCGCUGAUGGACGACAACGGGUUCUCUGGAGUCAGGUUGAUCGGGUACGAGCAUAAUUGGAAUGACGCGGGCGGGUACCCGGUGCAGCUGAUGGAGCAGGCCGGCAGCGCGUUCGCGGGCGUCGCGUUCCACUGCUACGCGGGCGACGUGCAGAACCAGUCGGAUUUCUAUAAUGCGUACCCCACCAAGGAGAUCUACUUCACGGAGUGCUCGGGCACGCUGGGGUCGGAUUGGUGGAGCGAUAUCAAGUGGUACAUGGACAACCUGUUCAUCACGGGCCUGACGUACCACGCGCAGUCGGGGCUGAUGUGGAACCUCGCGCUGAACGGGAGCGGGCUGCCGAAGCUGCCGGGGACGGACAGCUGCGGCGGGGCCGGGUGCCGCGGCGUCGCGCAGAUCAACGGGGACGGGACGUGGAGCGUCAACCAGGAGUUCUACGCGAUGGGCCAGGCGUCCAAGGCGAUCCUGCCGCGCGACGCGGACGGGCCGUGGGGGCAGCGCGUCGGCGUGAGCGUCGGCGGGGCGAUGAACUGGGCGCUGGUCGUCGGCGCGUACGUCACGGGGCGCGUAUCGUCCAGCGACUGGCUGCGGUACUCGCUCGUCGUGCUGAACUGGGCGGACAACUCGGGCGGGGAGUGGGACCCGCAGCCGGUGCAGACGACGAUCGAGUUUCGGGAUAUGCAGGCGACGUAUACGUUCCCCGUGGGCGUGACGACGUUGUGGUGGUACGCUGUGAAUGAGAGUUCUGUUGCGGAGACGGAGGAGAGUAGUAUUCGGGUCCAGACGUUCCACAGGAAUUAAUCAUGUUCAGUUCAAGUUUGAGGUUAAGAAACAUUCAUAUUUUUGUUUUAUCACCCGCUCACGACCUGACCUUUACGACACCGAGGCAGUAUACGCG